AUGCGCGUCGACCCAUCGUCAUCACUGGUCGUUGGCUCAGAACCUAUCCCUCUCGAGCAGCUUGUCGCGGUCUCCCAGUCAGCGACGGCCGGGACCGUCAUCAGCACCAUCCCCGUCGUGCAGCCGUCCGAGUUGAAGCCUGGUGAGGCUUUGGUGAAGCUUCUCUACUCUGGCGUUUGUGGGAGUAGCUAUCACCAAGCCUCUGAUCAUUGGGAAGAGGGCAAGGGACGCGUCCCCCGCCCGCUCAUUGCUGGUGAUGAGGGAGUAGGCACGAUCAUUGCGAUCAACGAUGUGACCUCGCGCUUCCAGGUGGGCGAUACGGUGGGAAUCAAGUUCGUUGCAGCGACGUGCAACCAGUGCGCCCUUUGCCUGGCUGGCUUGGAGAUGGUCUGCCCACAAGCCAAAUAUACCGGAAGAAGCGUCAAUGGCACAUUCCAGCAGUACUCUCUCGCAUGGACAUCCCAGCUGACACCGAUUCCACCACAGAUGAACUUGGCUCAUGCAGCCCCCAUCCUGUGCGCUGGGGUUACUGUCUGGCGAGCUCUGAAAGACUCGACGGCCAAAGCUGGUGACUGGGUGGCAGUGGCGGGCGCGGGCGGAGGCUUGGGAAGCCUGGCGGUUCAGUACGCAAAGUACCUCAGCAUGAGGGUCAUCGCCAUUGACAGCGUGGCCAAGUCUUCGUUCUGUUUGGACGAGCUUGACGCUGACGCUUUCGUCGACUAUGCUGUUUCCGACUGGGUGGCACAGAUAAAGCAGAUCGCGGACGGUGUAGGCGUGCAGGCGACUAUCUUGUGCUCCAAUGAGCCCACUUCGUAUCUCUCCGCAACCGAGUAUCUUCGCCCUACCGGCAGCGCGAUGAUAGUCGGCCUCCCGCCGACGGGCUCGCACGUCCCCGUCGACUGUCGCAACGCCGUGCUCGGCAUGCAUACGGUCCGUGGGUGCUUUGUGGGAACUCGCAGCGAUGUCAUCGACGCCUUGGAUGUUGUUGCUCGUGGCUGUGUCGUCCCCAAAGUCACAGUUAGGCCCUUCUCCGCCAUCCAGGAGACGUACGACCGCAUGACAGACGGCUCGCUGUGCGGGCGCGUUGUGGUAGACCGUGAGUGCUCGUUUACCUUGCCAAGCUGUGCUGAUCACAAGUAUGGAAGUGAUCGGAGUCGCUCUGGCCUGGCUCGUGAGCUUCUUGGUGGGAUGUCAUAUCUUACAUAG